GUGUACUUAUUUUAUAUUUUGUUAGUGCAAAAUAUAAAAUAAUGAAAUAAAUAUUUAUGAGUUUUUUAUUCUUACAACUUACUUAGUAGCAAAGAAGGAAGAAAUUGGAUCGCCUCAUUGGAAAAUGUUCCGAUACAUCUCUGUAAUCAUGAUUGGUGUAUAUCCAGCAGCUAUUCUAGCUCCAACACCAGUUAUUGACUGGGCAAUAACUAUCUUCUUCCCUCUACAUUCAUACUGGUUGGUGGUUAAUGCAUGUAUAAUAUAAUUGUUCACGUUGUGCAAAUAUCUUACUAAGUUAACAAAUGUAUGUUCUAAAACUGAAGGGAUGAAUUACAAGAAAAAUCCUGUCUGUAUUACCAUUUUGUUUUGCCUGCUCUAAAAUUGGGUAGUAAUUAAAAUCAUAUUUAAAGUCUAAAUGUUUAUUGCUGUGCAUGCUGAGUGGUUAUAUUACUGCCUUAAAAAAUAAGAAGAAACUCGACGUUUCGAGCUUGACCCUUCGUCAAGAGUUAGUAGCAUGGAUCGGGGAAAAUGCACGGGCUUUUAUACUAAGUGUAUGAAAGCAUCACGUGACAAAAAAAUUUAUUUCAGACAGUUUUAGUAUAAAUGUUUAUUGAGUGUUAUACAAGAUCCAGUUUAGUACUGUUUAGAAAUAACAUGGAAAAACCACAGUUUAACAACCAAAUUUGUUUUACAUCUGAUAUUGUAACCUCCAGUUCUGUUGACCCUAAUGGUUUUUUUGUGUGAUUAGAGUUUUUUGCUUAUCUACCAAGCCUAUUUAUUCGUUGUUCACUUUAUUAUAAUGAAACGUGUUAAUGGGACGCCACAAAUGGCGUCCAUUGUCACAGUUAUUGCUUUUUGAAAUGCUUACAUGUGUUGUGUCAAUGUCAACUGAUCACACUGACGAUUAAUUAAUGUCAAGCAAGAACAAAUUUCAAGAAAUUUGUGUCCCAACCUGCCUCCCCUAAUUUUUUCGGGAUAUGAAACUGGAACCACAGGAUUUUUUGGUAGGCUUAAUUGCAGAGUGACUGCAUCUGCAACGACAGAACACACAUGAGCUAUACAUCAAUUUCAAUAUAUUCAUUCCAAAACCAUUCCAAUUCCAUCCUGUCAAAUUAUGUCAUUACUACUGCACUGGUUUUGUAAAUAUGUUCUUAUAAAAGUCCACCACUGCUCAACCAUGUACUUUAUUUUUAUUCUAGGGGAACUAAAGAAGUAUUGUCAGAUUACCUCCCUGAAAUAUUUUCUACCAAAGCUGUGACAACAACAGCAGUGUACAUCUGGACUGGUAUAUCUGUGUUAACAUUCCUUGGUUUAGCUUACUUGAACAUUUAUGACGUUGGUGUAUGCAAGGCUGUUGCCAUGUUAUGGAAAUUGUAACUUUAUCACAGCGUUGAUUUACAAUUGGAUCAGCUGGCAUUUGUCCGUGUAUAUAUGAUAAUGCAUGAACGCAUUUAAGCGAAUUGAAGAAUUGCACUGAAGCAUCGUGUUGACUCAACGAACAUCAUAGCCAUAGGCUGGAAUUUAAAGUGUAAAUGUCACAGUGAUUUCAAUACGGAUAUUCAGAGCUUUACUGCUAUAAUUAUAUUGUGAAAGUGUAGUAAAACGUUUUGAAAUAAACCAGUAUUUUCCGUUUCCGUUGAUGCAUGGUCACUGCUUAUUAAAGAUUCACAAGGUUUUGAAAAUUUGCAGAUUUUAACAUAAUACUGUACUUCGGCUUCGCUCUCCUA